AGGAAAACUCCUGAAUAAUGACAACGAUGGAAAUCUGUGCCAAGUCGUGGAGACGACGAAGGAGGCGCUGCACAGGUUUCGUGCAGAUAAUCAAGCUCUGAUGGCUGCCAUCACGGAUUUAAAUGAGGAGGCGUCUUCUCCAGUUCUCCAUGAAUCUCCUGAACUUGAGGAGGAGCUCAUCAGGUCUGUAAAGCAGGAGCCAGAGGGUCAGCAGGGCAAGGAAAACCAAACCAAGGAGGUGAAGCCGCUGGACGGUAGAAACAGUCCCAGUCACUCAGACAGAGACACGGAGAAGUUAGUCCACACCAUCCACAGUACUGACUCACCGGACGGGCUCUCGUAUGCCCCUUUUCCUGGCUUCGCCGCCCCCUCCACCCUGAACAUGGAGGCGGCUAAAUACAGCGCGCCUCAGAGGGUGGAGGUUCACCUGGCCCUCAUCAGGAACCCCACCAGCCUCUCUGUGCUCUGGACCGUGACGGAGAAAGACCCCUCCGCCCCACCCAUGGACAGUUACACCAUCUACCUCACCAUGGAGACGGCUAAAGGCAGCGGCGUCUUCCCAGCUUGGAAAACGUUCGGGGAGGUGGCGGCCACCGAUCUGCCCAUGUGUGUGCUGAUCAGGAAGUACAAGCCCGGUCACAAGGUGUGCGCCGCCGUGGUGGGAAAAGACGUAUUCGGACGCUACGGACCAUUUAGCAAAGUUGCAACCGCAGCUAUCCCCGACUAGAAGGGGAUGUGGAUUUUAGUGGGAUUCACUCGACAGUGUUUUCAGUGACCUUUGUCAGCAAUUUUACUUCCAGUGGAAGUAGUGGAAAUGGACAUGUUUUUGUUUUUUUUUGUUGUUUCUGUAAUGUUGUCAGUAUUUGUCAAAGCCUAAACCAAUAUGAAGUAUUUCAAUUAACUUGGAAUGGAAGUGUUCAAUAAAGAUUUUUUUUAUGGACUAAACUUUAA